GUGUACAUUUUCUCAGUACGACAGACACCGCCGUCGGUGACGCACGUAUAUCGAACAAUCAAAAAUUGGCGCGAAUAACAUUUAAAAUAAUUUCGAUAAUGAAAUAAUUUGCAAGUGCAUUUGGGAUGACUGGUACAAUAAAUUAUAUCGUACGACUCGUUGUACUGACAACAUUGUAUUACGUUUUGUUGUGUGUUUUUAAAGAAAUACGUCGUUAUUUGACUGAAAUUGAUUUGUCGGUGUCUUGAAUAACUUGGGAUUGUUUUGAUUCAGAAACGAUAACUGGUACAAAACAAAAAUGGACAUACUUAAUGUCACAGACGAUGCGACCUCUAGUGUGCGUCCCAGUGAACUAUCGAAAUUCUCCCCGGGUCUGUUGACAUUCGCCGCGGUAGUCACUGGAUUUAUUAUGAUAAUAGGAUUAUUCGGCAAUCUACUCACAGUGGUCGCCCUCAUUAAGUGCCCUAAAGUAAGAAAUGUUGCUGCCGCCUUUAUUAUAAGUCUUUGCAUAGCGGACUUUUUAUUCUGUGCAAUGGUACUUCCGUUCGCCAUAUCGGGCUUCUGGACUCGGACGUGGUCGCACGGGGGCGCGCUGUGCAAGCUGGUGCCGUUCCUACGAUACGGCAAUGUUGGAGUCUCAUUGCUCAGCAUCGCACUUAUCACCUUGAACAGGUAUAUAAUGAUAGCGCACCACAGCUGGUACGCACGAGUAUACAGGAAGCACAACAUAGCGUUGAUGAUCGUCUUCUCCUGGUUAUUCUCGUACGGCAUGCAGAUACCCACGUUACUCGGGAUAUGGGGUAAAUUCGACUAUGAUCCAGAACUGGGUACUUGUUCCAUUAUGCCGGACGACCUUGGUCACUCCUCAAAGACCGCACUCUUUGUUAUCGCAUUCAUCGUACCGGCAUUACUGAUCUUCAUUUGCUACGCAAGAAUCUUCUGGGUUGUUCAUAGUUCGGAGCAAAGGAUGCGUGAACAUCAACGCUCGCAGCACUCAGGUCCUGGCACUCUCAACAACACAGAGAAGAGGUCCACAGUGAAAGACAACCGGGACAGCAAGGCGCGCCGCAACGAAUGGCGCAUCACAAAAAUGGUUCUCGCCAUCUUUCUCUCCUUCCUCGUCUGCUACCUGCCCAUCACUAUCGCUAAAGUCGCUGAUAGUCACGUGCAUUUUCCCAUAUUCCACAUAGCGGGCUACCUGUUGCUGUAUGCGAGCGCGUGCGUGAACCCUAUCAUCUACGUGAUAAUGAACGCGCAGUACCGCGCGGCGUACGCGGCGGUGCUCUGCUGCCGGGCCAAAGUGAACCCGCGGCCCUACGGGUCCGACACCGCGCAGACCUCGCACAGCUUCGGACCACGCGUGGAUACUUCGACUCGGUCAACAAACGGGACAAAGCAGAACAUGACAAAAGCGACCAGGAUCAAAAAGGAACCCGGUGUGAAGGGAGGGAAAAACCGGUUAUAG